UACGAGGUCUCCGAAAUUGGCGUAGUGGCACUGAGGUCCGUCCAUGAUACGAGAUACCAGUUUGGCAGCAUCUACAACGCCAUCUACCCCGCCUCUGGCACGUCCAUCGACUGGAGCUACUCCGCGGGCGUCGUCCACACCUACACCCUCGAGCUUCGCGACACAGGGAGUAAUGGCUUCCUUCUUCCGGCCACCGAGAUCGUCCCGACGGGGCAGGAGACGUGGACAGGCCUCGUAGCCGCUAUCAUGGCCAUUUAAGACCUGCUGCUGCUAUAUUUUGACUGGGCUGUUUCGCCGUCAUAGUCGCUGUUUUGGUCGAAUUGAAUUGAAUUCGCAGUAAGAGAAAGUGAUUAUGAAUGUGUAGCUAAUUCCCCCUCUCUCUCUCUCUCUCUCUCUCUUUCUGAAUAAAGUUG